AUGGCCUUCAAUCCGCUCACGCAGAGGACAGAGGCGGACUCUUCGCCGCCACUGACGCCGCCGUCCUCGCCUGAACACUCGCCCGUGCGACGAUUUCCGAUUAACAAGAUCGUGAUACUGGUCACAUCGGACUCCGAGCUCUUCCGUACGGCCGAGAUCACCGGCUUCACGGACGCUCCGUCCAUCAAGGGGCCUGUAUUCGCAAAGCUCCAGAUCUGGAACGAGCGCAACCAGUACGCGUUUUUUCAGACCGUCGACGGACAGGCUACGAGCGGCGCAUUAUCCGAUGAGGAGUUGUGCCGGUUGUGCGUCGAGGAAGGGGAUCGGAGGGGUUCGUUGAGGUUCUUGGUUGCGAGGCCUUGA